CACAACCGAUGUGGAAAGAAGUUUCCUUAUAAACCAAAGUCGCGAUUGAGAUCGUAGUAACACACAUAACAAUCCUGGCUGUGGCUGGAGACGCCAGACAUCAGCCAACAUGAGCUGAGGUGACCGACGAAGACCUCCAUUAGAUGACUUACAUUGAGUGAAUUGCAUUGAAGCACUGACAGUUAAACAAAGAACAAUGGAUGGACAUGCGGCUUGUCUUCUGCUGCUUCUGACCUUCGUGCACUUGUCUUUGUGUGAAGAUUACGUCACCGGCACAAUCUCAAAGUCAAGCCAGUCCGAAUCCACAAGCCAGUCCAUGCCUGAAAACGUCACCGUGAACGUCACCGUUGGGGGGCAGCGCGUGCGGCUUGAAUUAAAGCUGGAUCGGACUGCAAGCUCGGACAUUCCCGUCUACGUCUUCUCCACCAACAAAGACGGACAGGCUGACACCGAGAGGGUUCACAGGAAGAGGUCAAAGCAUUUCGCCGUGUAUCGUGACGUCACACACGGGGCUGUCUUCAGUGGGCGCCGUGACGUGGACACUGAUCAAGAUCACCUGAGUUUGGAAGGCUUGAUGCAAGUGAAGGGCAAAGUUUACGACAUUAAAAGCUCCAAGCGUCGCCACCGAAACUCGACAGCAGCGAUGGCUGACGGGAAGACAGGAUCUCAGAGUCACGUGCAGCGACGUGACGUCAGCGGCGGGAACGUGACCGGGAGCGGUGAGAACGAGGCUGGAGAGAGUCAGGAGUUCGUCGUGCGCCUCCGGGACGACCUGCCCCCCAUUUCGCUGAGAGGAGACGCCAUCACGCCACCAAACACACCUGAGACGAAUAUUACGAUGAGAAAUUUUAACCCCAACCUUCAACAACCACCACUAACAGACCCACCAAGGGCAGCACCACCAGAGAGGCAGUAUGACGUGUCUACGCAGGACGUGUACAUCGACGUCGUCGCUGUCGUGGACUACGGCGUCUUCAGAAACUGGUACGCCAACAGUUCCGGAAUCACGAACGAAGAGAAAACACAGGAUGUCUUGAACAAGUUGCCGGAGUACUACGCCUUCAUGUUCUCAGGGGUGAAUUUGAUUUAUGAAGGCAUCACCUCAUUGCCCUACCACAUCCACGUGGAGCUGACGUCCAUCAUCAUUGCAAAGCACUCAGCGGACUCGCCCUGGACAGAGGACCUGCGUGUGCGAGGUUCUCCGCGGGACAGGGUGGACUCCGACACAGCUCUCGACAACUUCUCCAAGUGGGCAAAAAACGCAGACCUCCUCCACAGCUACGACCACGUCAUCCUCUUCACAGGGUACGACAUGACCAGCAUAGUUGACAGCUUUUACGUGAGCAACACUACCAUUGGUGUCGCCUGGAUAGGGACGAUGUGUUCAACGGACGGGCGGUCGGCGUCCGUGGUGGAGGAUCUUCGGAGUUUUGAAUCUGUUUCGGUUGUUGCACAUGAAAUGGGCCACAGCCUCAGUGCAAAGCAUGAUGGGAUAGCGAACUAUUGCUAUGAGGGAGAACGAUACGUCAUGUCCGCCAUCUACAGCCCCCAAACGGCGACCAACUGGCAUCACCUCUGGCAGUUUUCUACCUGCAGCAUCAAUUAUUUCCGAACAUUAAUCAGCAGCCAGGCAUCAACCACCCGAGGUCGCCAGUGUCUGUACAGCAGGACGACGCCCAGCACCAACAUCCCGGACGUGUCCGGCCAGCAGCCCGGCCAGGUGUACGACUACGAUGCCCAGUGCAGACAGGUGUAUGGACAGUCAUCGAGGCUGUGUCGGGGAUCAAAUUUCUUUCCGAACACAUCUGACAUCUGCAUGAGCAUGUGGUGUGACCUGCUGAGUAACGACUUGUGUCACAAGAUUGUUGCCGCCAGAGGCACCUCCUGUGGUGACAAGAAGUGGUGUGUCAACGGAGACUGUGUGUACGACAGUCGGGCGCCCGCCAUGGACGAGAAAUGCCCGUUUGGAGAUCUACCCGGUCUGUUUUGGAAUACUUCCCAGACCUGCGAAGAGUUGAUUGCCAGUCACCCUUAUUACUGUUACCAAAGCUUUUACCAGAGUCGAUGCUGCACCUCGUGUGCCAGACACUACACACCUGUGCUAGCCUGUCAAUACGGGGACAAAGUGGCUAGCUGUGUCAAAUCUGGAUGUUACAACUUGAGACCUUCCUACCUUGCUAAUUGUUGCGAGACCUGCAGCUUCCUUUCAUCCACCACGCACCUGCCAGCCACCACGCACCUGCCAACGACCACCACGCACCUGCUAACCACCACCACGACCUCUUAUAGGUUACCUGUUGUCACCAGUACUACCCACAAGACCACCCGGCCUACUGUUCCCACGUUACAUGGCACUACUGCCAACACCCUGUGUAUAGACACCCCGGGUAGACUCUAUGGGAAGACGUGUGCUGAGCGGGUGGCUGACAGACCGGCGCAGUGUUACCACCCUGACAUCCUGGGAUGCUGCGCCUCGUGCCGCGCCCACAGCAAUGGGGUCAAAGGCUGCGAAUACGGGGACAGACUUCCGUCUGAGUGUCCCCAUAUGGUCCCACUGUCCCCCCCUUGUGAUGCCAGACUUGAGGAGCUGUGUUGUCAGAGCUGUGCAAACAUUGGAGAUGACCUCUCGAGGUCUUCAGCAGCUCAGUGGACAGUGACGUCAGCGUUCAUUGGCUGCUUGAGUUGGAGCCUACUACAAAUAUGACAGACAUUAGGUCCCUCAAGCUAGGUGUCCGGUGUUUGUUGGACAAUCAGAUUUAUUUUUUACUACAUUUUACACACAAACAUGAAUUUUCGGGAGAAGUAUGAGGACAACCUGUACACAUGAGUGCACAUGCAGUCACACACACACACAUGCAGUCACACACACACACACAUGCAGUCACACACACACACAUGCAGUCACACACACACACACAUGCAGUCACACACACACACACACACAUGCAGUCACACACACACACAUGCAGUCACACACACACAAAUAAAUGUCCCCUCACCAAGCCAACACCACCAAGAACAUAAAUGACCUGUAACAUAAUUUUUUUUGUUCCUUAAAUUGUAUUUGUAUCUCCUUGUGAGCUAGUGUCAGUUUAUAUUUUACAGUUGUACAUGAACUUUCAUACCAUGUUAAUAAACAAAUCAACUGUUGUACAAUUGUUGUACCUCUGUAGCACCAUUUUGUAUUAUUUUAAUUAUUUAUAUUUUUCAAAUGUACACUCGUAUAUAUGACAUUCUUCGCGAGUCUCCUUAAUGAAAUAUAUCAGAUGCUACUAAUUAGCAGUUGACAUUUUGUUGAUUUUUCGUUAUUUGCGUUUUUCUUAUGACCUGUUCCAACUGACUUGUACAUCCACACAGGUGAAGAUACUUUGAAGACUUGAUUGUCUACAUCUUUGGCCAUAACAACUUGUUUAUUUGUUUAGUUGAAGUUAUUGUAAUCAUAUCUAACGAUAUAGACCCUUUGCACAGUUUAUUUAAACGUGGCAAUAUAAUUUAAAUAUUUAAAUGUACUUUAAGUUGUCUUCACCAUGUCCUGUCUUAGAGUAGUGUUGCUAUGAGAUGUCAUAGUCUUCACGUUGGUGGACCUUUGACUGUCUGAAGGACAACACAAGUCCUGUGCAAGCAGCUGCAGGAGAGAUGUUGCCAGUUCCUGUCUUCAUGUCUAGAAGUCGACAGUCCACAGAAACACUGACAACAUCAACUGUUGGCGAGUCCGUCCGUUGCUUGAUUGUUAGCUUGCUCCAGGGAAUACUUUGCUAUAUAUAUUGGUAAACCACACUUAAUACUUUACUGUUGGGUUUGAAUUUUCUUGAUUUUGAUACAGAUAUUUAUUUAUAUUUUCCUAUUCAUCUGUUUCAUGUUUCUGAAUAAAUGUCAGUUUCGAAAUGAU